CGGGGACGGUACAUCGCCGUACCCGUACGGCGGCCGGCAACAGGCCGGUUCGUCGCCGUCGUCCCACCAACAACAACAGCCGCAACAGGCCCAAUCGCACCUAGCGUCGUUCCUGACGCUCAACCACAACGCGUUCUACGAGACGGCCGCCGUGGCGGCGGCCGCGUACGAACGGGCGUUGAUGGCCGCCGGCCAGCAGCACGGGCCGCCGCCGCCGUUUCACAUGUUGGACGGCGGACAGUCGGCCGGCGGUUCGCCGUACUUCGACAUCGAGCAGCGGCUGCGGAACAGCGACGACGCCGUGGCCGAAAAACUGGCCGCCGCCCACCUGCAGAUGCACUUGAACAACAACACGUUCAUGCACAAUCACAACAACAACAAUAACAAUAACAACAACAACGUCAUGUCGCUGGCCGGGCCGGCCGCCAAGCGGACGAUGGACGACGUGCUGAAGAAACUGUCGUCCAAAAUGCACAUCCGGGACGAACAGCUCAGUCCCAACUCGCCCUCAAAGACGAACAACAGUAAAACCGAUUCGGCAGCGUUGGCAGAUCACGGUGCUGAAGACACAGCAGCCGGACCGCCGGGGUUGGAACUCCUGCAGCACUUGCAAGGCGACGCCACCACCAUAGUGGAAAAGGAAAGGAAGCUGUCCGAAAUGAUACUGCAACUGCAACUGUUCAGGGAGCAGCUUCUCACCCAACAAGAGCAACCCAACAAGAAUCAGUUCAAUCACCUGAAGGGAUUGCCCGGCCUAACGCAUCCUCAGUCGCUUUUCUUCUUGCCACUGUUGGAUCAGAUCCGCGGUUUGUCUCAAGGCGGUCAGCAACAGCAUCAAACGUCCACCACGACGGCCUCGACCAACUGCAACACUAUACCGACGCCAGUAUGGCCCAAUGCCAGACCACCGUCCUCGUCUUCGGCCAGCCCGUGUUCCAUGCAACAGGAAUCGUCGGUGGUGUCACAACAGCAGCAACAAAAUGCAACAGCGUCGGACCCGGACACUCCCUUGAACUUGACCAAACGUAAAUCGCCCACCCCACAGCCUUCGCAGCACCAUCAACAGCACCAGCACCACCAUCAGCAGCAGCAACAACAGCAGCAGUUGGCUUCCAAUAUGUUUCCACCCAGAAGUACACCGCCCAUGAGUUGGAACUCGACGUCGCCAUCGGCCACUACCCCGGGGUCUGCCAAUAGGCGAUCCGGGUCGGGCCAGGGUCUGGUCAGUCCACCGGCCGCUGCCACUCCUAAGCUUCUGCCUCCACCGAUUCCAGUGCCCAGAGGCUUUAUGCCGUACGCCGGCAUACCACCGCAUUCUUCUGCUGGUAAACUCAGCUUAUCUCCCGGCAAAGACGGAGACAAGAUGUCUCCGUACUCGGGACUUCAGCUGUAUUCGUCACAUCCACCUCAGCUUCACCGGGACGAACAUUCCGAAAGCAUGGAUCUGCCCUGGGGACCCAGCGAUCCGAACUUUAAACUUGCCGACGACACUAGCGAUAGAGGUAGAAUGAUUCGGCAGCAAAAGAAAGACGGCGAACACAUCAAGAGACCGAUGAACGCGUUCAUGGUGUGGGCCAAAGACGAAAGGAGAAAGAUCUUGAAAGCCUGCCCGGACAUGCACAACUCUAACAUUUCCAAAAUACUAGGUGCCCGGUGGAAAGCCAUGACCAACGCGGACAAGCAGCCGUACUACGAGGAACAGUCGAGGCUGUCGAAGCUGCACAUGGAGAAACACCCGGACUACAGGUACCGGCCGCGGCCCAAGCGCACGUGCAUCGUGGACGGCAAGAAGAUGCGGAUAUCCGAGUACAAGACGCUGAUGCGACAGCGCCGGAACGAGAUGCGGCAGCUGUGGUACAGGGGAGAGGGCGCGGGCCCCUCGGGAUCCGGCGACGUGGCCGGCACCAGCUUCGGCUAUCCCCCGGACGGGUCCAUAUCGCCUUCGGACAUGAUGUACUCGCCGGCCAAUUCGCCGUCGUUUGGCGAGAACAGCCACGACGAAGAUUGAACGCCGUCAGUCGGUCGGAGAGAGUCACUUAAUACUUAAUACAAAUCGUUGGUCCCCGUCCCCCCCCCCCCGCGCCCCGCCUCAGUUGUACUGUGUUCGUGCGCGUGUCCGGCCGGAGAAAGACACGCGGUGCGCAGAAACCAAAACGCGACAGUCGCGCAUGCGCACGCGCACACGGUUGUCACGCGUUUUGGUUUCUGCGCACGUCGCGGUGUCUUUCUCUCGUCGGACGCGGACUAUAAUCUAUUGUCAUUAUUAUUCGUUCGGAAUAAUAAGCUGCUGUUGUAAAACGCUCUUUUUAUUAUUAUUAUUAUUAUUAUUUUUUUUUUUUUCGUUUCGUUAUUUUGUUAUUGAUUAUUUUAUUUAUUUGAUUUUAUAUAAUAUAAUAUAUUAUAAUUAGGGCCAGUACCACUAAGGGUUAAGCGACAUAUAUAUAUAUAUAAUUUUUUUUUUAGUAAAAUCAAAUAUACAUUUUUUGUUUUGUAAUUAUUAUUAUUCUGUAAAUACCGCGUUC